UGAUUAGAAAUCAAAGAAAGCGACGAUUUCAAACAUUUUUUUCUUAUAGAAAAUUGUUGUUUGUGUCAUUAAAAUAACUUAAGAUGGACGAACCACAAGAAAUACAAACGGAUGUUAUUGUUCCGGAUACAGUUCCGAAUAACACCCCUAAGUGGACGGAGAAAGUUAUAAAAACCAUUCUCUUCUUACAUUCUGGCUAUGUUUUUCUAUCGAAAUUCGGCGUCGAUUUUACAUUCCCGAAACGAAUUGAUUAGUUCCGAUUGUCAUCCAGUUAUUAUGUCAAAAACGAUCCUUCAAAAUGAAAUUACGGCCAGUGAAUCCUCGGAAAAGAAAAGCUGUGUUGUCUCUACAAUUGAAUGCGAACUUCAAGCGGAAACUUAUUGCUGGAAUUUAAAUUGUUGUUGUAAAAUUGAAUCGUUCAUUUAUCAUUUGCCGACUGAAGUGUUGAAACGAAAGCCAGUGUUAACGACCUGUCCAAAUUGUCUAUCAUGCAUACGCACUCAACUAAAAUAUUUGAAAUUACAUCCUAGAAAAAAAUUUAGAAAAUUGGCUCACUGUCUUGCACCUAUGUUUUCUUGCAUCGUAUGCAACCGUUUUCGGAAAGUAAUUCACCUGUGUCCAUUUUGUGGUAUCGCAUUGGGCGUAUCAAAUGUUUUUGAUUGUAUCUAAAAUUCAAUAAAAAUUCUUUCCUUUUUUUGUUCUUA